UAUUAUUCUGGCUUCGGCGCUGAGCGUGGGUGCUGGACAAAUGACAUGAAAGGUUUCGUUUGCGAAGGUGUGAUGUAAGCUGAUAUUAAUAAAAAUCGACCGUUGAUAAGUGGUAAUUUGACUGGGCGGUAUUAUUCCAUUAGAAAUGGCGGUUUACUGAGAAAGUAUUUAUUAUGAGGUAUGUGACAUCUGACAUCGGUAACAGCUGUAGGUAGCACUUGUGCGGAAAGCGUGUGUCGAACUGAGCAUUAAUAAUUGCAGCGUUUGGUGUGUUUGCAGUGUCAUAGGCGUUACUGCACACAUUUAUUGUCUGAACAUUGCUUCUGAAGUUUUGACGUUUGUUAAGACUGAUUUGUCGGAUGCCUUUCGUCUUUUUGAGAUGCCCGUCUGACAGCUCCAGCGAUGACAUGUCUGAUGAAUCGGGGCUUGAAGAGUCGGCUGUUCCUGUGCGCAAGACCAUCAACAAGGGUCGCUGGAGCAAGGAAGAAGACGGGCACCUGAAGCAACUCGUCAAGGAGUGCAACGAGAAGUGGGAUGUCAUCGCGAGCUACUUCCCUGACCGCUCGGACGUGCAGUGCCAGCAGCGGUGGACCAAGGUCGUCAACCCGGAGCUGGUCAAGGGACCGUGGACCAAAGAGGAGGACGAGAAGGUGGUGUACCUGGUGCAGAAGUACGGCCCCAAGAAGUGGACGCUGAUCGCCCGGCACCUCAAGGGCCGCAUCGGCAAGCAGUGCCGGGAGCGCUGGCACAACCACCUCAACCCCAACAUCAAGAAGACGGCGUGGACGGACGCCGAGGACCGGGUCAUCUACCAGGCGCACCGCCAGUGGGGCAACCAGUGGGCCAAGAUCGCCAAGCUGCUGCCAGGACGGACUGACAAUGCCAUCAAGAACCACUGGAACUCGACGAUGCGGCGGAAGUUCGACACGGGCGAGAAGGGGGAGCGGGCGUCCAAGGGCCGGUCCCGGGGCUCGAGGAAGGCCGCCGCGAAGCGGGACGACUCCCCCGACAACGGCGCGCUGGACGUCUACCAGCAGACCAGCGCGGUGCACUUGGACCCCGCCCCGGUGCCCUUGAACGAUCCCCUGGAGAUCAGCAUCAGCAUGUGCCCGGACUGGGCGUCGGACUACUACAAGCAGCUGAACGUGCAGUCGGCGGACACCCCGCCGCAGUCGGGCUCGGGCCAGGAGUCGGCCCCCAGCCCCGCCCGCACCCGGGACUCGCCCCCCGCCGCCGGCCAGUACCUCCCGGAGCAGCGGCAGUGGUCGUCUCCGAUCAGCAAUUAUGUGGAUUUUGAGAGUUUCACUUCCGAGACGAGCCCCAUAAAGCUGUUUCCCGUACCUGAGAGUGUCUUGGAGUUGGUACAAGACAGGGACAGAAGUACGUCUCCGUUCAGCGAGAAAAUGCACGUUGGCUACAGGUUCACGCCGCAGACGAUCGACAGCCUGCGCAAGGAGGUGCCCGGCGAGGGGCUGAUCCCCAUCACGCCCUCGCUGAUGAGCAUCAAGCUGUCCCCGCCGCCCAUCCUGCGGCGCGCCACGCGGCAGAAGCGGCGACGCAGCGAGACCAGCCACUCCUCCGAGCUCGUCGGCGACCGCGACGACGCCAGCCCCGGGAUGCUGGCGAGCAGCGACAUGGGGCUGGCCUCGCUGUGCGUUUCGUCCCCGGCCAAGCUCGGCAUACACCGCACGCCGCAGAAGGAGACGCCCAUCCAGCAGCUUCCGUUCAGCCCCAGCCAGUUCCUGAACAGUCCCGGGCUGCACUACGGGCUGAGCUUCUCGCCGCCGAGCAAGAGGACGGCUCAGUCGACCCCGUACGCGGCCGGCGCAGGCCGGAACAGCCCCUCGUCGGCGCUGUGCACCCCCGACCCCCUGCCCCUGUCCGCGGAGAGGCAGGGCGCGGCGCGGCGCCUCGGCGACAGUGACUGCUGCACGCCCUCCAAGACGCGGCGCUCGCUGCUGCAGAGCGCGCCGCGCACCCCCACGCCCUUCAAGGACGCCCUGGCCGAGGUCGGCGCCGUCAAGUACAUGCCUCAGACUCCGACCACUCGACUGGUGGAAGACAUCACGGAAAUAAUAAAGAAAGAACAAGAUCUGUCGGAUUCUCAGUACGAAACUGAUACGAGCAUCCUUGGCUCAACAAGUCAAGACUACCUCCACGACAGCGGCUACCUGACGGUGAAGCAGCGCAAGGCGUGCCUGGCCGGCGGCAAGGAGAACACGCAGCCCAACAAGCGCGCGCGCAAGGCCCUGGCCCCCUCGUGGAGCACCCCGGGCAGCGUGUGCGUGCCCGGUGUCUCCGAGCUCUUCUACGACACUCCGUGCCGGUCUGCGUCCGGCGACCUCUCCUCCGUCCUGUUCUCCCCUCCGUCCAUCGUGAGGGAGAUGGUCGGGGAAGAUGGUUCGGAUCCCUACCUGAAGUUCGUCCCCCUGCCGCAGAGUGCCUCUCCCAGCUCCAAGGAGAGGAGUGGGAGGACUAAAGCAGUUUGCUUGAAGGAUGGCCUCAUGGAUGGUUUCGUACACGACCCGUGUGAUGUGGCGUUGCCCAGAAUCAAGGAGGCGACAAAGAAUCUCACAAGGCACAGUGUCGUGAAGAGGAUCCAGUUUGACGAGGUGGAGAAGUCGCAAGCACGCAAGCUGGACGUGAGAUGGGAGAUGGUGGCUUGCGGCCAGACGAGGGACCAGCUGGAGCUGACGGAACAAGCGCACUGCUACCUGAACAACACCGCGCUGCGGCAGCGGUCGCUCAACCUCUGAGUCCCCCGGCCGCCGCGCUGCGUCCGCCCGAGAGAGAGAGACAGUGCACGUGGCUGGUUUUUGUAGACCGCUCCCAUUUCCCGAAGACUCUGUGUGUGCGUGUCGGUGUUGACGUUAACGUCCGGUGGGCGGAAGCCGUAAAAAUUUAAGACCUCGGAACGCGAUUCGGCCGAUUUUACCGGCCGGGGGGUGGUCCUUCCGUGCACGUGUUUAAAAGAAUUUUUUUUUGUACAUUGUUUUUUUUUAUAGCUUUUAUAGUUUUUUUUCGCCAGAAGUUGCAUUUCUUCACCUUUGUUACUUGUUGCUGUAGUUUUCUAGUCUCAAAUUAUAUGUUUUAUUCUGUAGUAUUUAUUUCACCUGUUAGUAUUGUAAGCUGCCCCCCCCCCCCCCCUUUUUUUUUUUUUUUUUUUUAAUUAUUGAAAAUUUGAUUUGUUUAUAUCUAAUUUCUAUUAUUUAUUCACCUGCUGUUUAAUAUGAAUUUUUUGUAAGUCUUUUCAAAAGUGUUGUAUCCAAUGGUUUUAUUAUUAAUUGAUGCUGACCUAAUGUUUAUUUAGUAACUAAACAUAUCCAUUUAAUUGCAUGUAUGUAAUCACUUACACUAUUAAUUAGAUACACAGCUAGAUUUAUCUUCUGUUGUGUUUAAAGAAAAAAAAAUUCAUGGUGUAUGUAUUUUAAUCUCACUUUUUUUUAUAUAAGUUUCUUUCACCACUGGCAAAAUCAAACGUGUUUUUAAAUACUCUCAUUAGUUUCUAAAAACACUUAAUAUUCUUACUUAAUUAAAUUUAUUAAAAAUAAAAAAAAUUAAGUUUAUGUAACUGUCACAAGUAGAUAAAAUAGUGAGAUUGAUGGAAAGUCAGAAUUCAUUGUGAAUUCUUUUAAAAGUAACACAAAAAAAAUUUACAAAUAGCAUUUUAAAAGGGGGAUUCUAUUUUGUGUUGUAGCUGUUCACAGACAUUAGUUUGUGAAGUAAGUCCUAGGUACUGCGAUGUUUGCCAUGAUUUUAAUAGACAUCAAAACAUUAACUACUUAAAAAUUGUAUUAAGAAAUGGCUAUCCCAGUAAGUAAUUAAAUGCAUCAUAAAGAAACACCUUUAAAAUCCAACAGUCUUUAACAUUAUUAUGCUUUGACUAAUGAAAGUAGGAUUUGAAUAUUAUAGACACAUACGUAUAUAUAUUUUUUUCAUCUAUAGUUAUGCACACGAACUGAUAGUUUCAAAUAGAGAUGAGUAAUUUCAUAUUUUAAUUGCUGGUUAUUGAUUCUGGCAUUAAUAAUGUUGAUAGCACUUGAUGUCUUAGACUUAGGGUGUAAAAGGCAUUGAACGUGAUCAACACAAAUUUUUUGCUAUUAAGUUCUAAAAUUUUACGUUUCCUUCGCUUUCUUUUAAAAAGAUUAGCUCUAGGUAAUCAAUACUUUGAUAUAAGACAGAACUGCACUUGUCUACAGUAACUACUCUAUGGGUGCCAGAAACCAAUUUUUCCCCAGCAUGUGACGUUAGUCGAGAUAAGGGGGGAAGAAAGUCCUUAAAUUUGAACGUAAGUCCAGUUUAUGUAGUUUCAAGGCUCCGUUUCGCAUGCCAGGUUGAUUAUUUCAUUUUCUUGUCUUUAUUAUUAGUUAAGGGCCAUUGUUGUAAAUGUAUCACGAUAGAUCUCUUGCAUUUUAAGUUUGUGUGGUCACUAAUUCUGUCGUCAGAUAUGAUGAAACUUUAUUUGCAAUCUUGCUAAGUGCCAUGCAAGUGAUCGUAGUAUACGAAAGCUUGGGGUGACUUCGUACCACAUUAGAUAGCACUUGGUGAAUAUCUGCUUACAAAAUUUGGUAGGAAAAAUAAAAUACAAGAGAGCUAUCAUGAAUAAUCUUCAGAGUUAAUCCUUAAAUAGUAGGUUUGACAAGAAAUUUGUGAAAAAUAACCAUGCAGUGUGAGAAUGAUCCUUAAGUAAGUUGUUUUAACUGAUGUCAGUUUAGCUGAAGUUUUUUAAGGAUAGUUUUACCCUGCACCUUACAGAAACUGUACAUGAACUGUACGUCAAUAUAUUGAUGAACAGUCAUAAAUUGAAUUUAUUGCAUUUUGUUUUCACUAGGCAGUGUGCCUUAGAGCAGGGUUUACUAGUCACUGUAUGCCAUGAAGCCUGUGUAGAUAUGAAGCAAAAAUUUUUGUAAUAAAAAAAAUUGGUUUACUUUUAUUACAAAGGUUCUAAACCAUUUUAAAACUACAAUAAAAAGGAUAAAAAUAACAAAAGUGUGAAAAAAAUAUUGGCAUAGAAAAAUGUGUGUUGUGAACCGCCUGUUUCAUAAAUUCGUGGUUAGGGUGUCUUGGUUGUAAAAAGGUUGGCGAUUCACUGAUUUACACAGAUGAAUCUUUGCUCUUCUGUAUUAAUACAUCUUUGUAUCAUCAUUAUUUAAAAUUAUUACGAAAAGUUUUGGUCACAAAGAAAACACAUCUUAAUAUUUACUUCUUUUUCUAUGGCUUCCGGCCCAGUAAGUCUGACACCACUGUACAUUUUUUCCCUUAGUGAUAACAACUUAUCAGCUCUCUCUGUCCAGUUUUGAUUCAUUAUAAGACAAAUAAUGUCUACUAAUUUUAUUUAUUUACCGUAGUAAGAAAGUUAAAGGUGAUUUCAAAAAGGUGGUGUAGAUGUUAAAAAAAAUUAGCAUUAACAACAGGCAUACAAUUUUUUGGCCUAUAUUUGAAGUACAUACAUACCAGCAAUUUGGUAAUGCCGGGUGAAUUUAUGUGUUACUGUAUAUAAUUACUGCAAGCUGUUUCAAACAAAUUAAGACCCCCAAACACCUUGUAUCCAAACUUGUGCAACCUUUGAAGUGUCCUUAUUGGUUGAGAAGUUGAAAAUAGCAGUUGUGUGUCAUGCAUGCGAUUCGCAAGGUUUGGGAGUUGGAUAUCUUCGUGAGCUGCUCUUGCAAACAUUUUGAGUUUUCCUUGAUUUUUUUAGAAUCCCAGCAUAUGGAUGGAGUAUAUAUAUAUAUAUAUUUACCACAUUGCAAAGUUUAGCCUGCGUAACAUCUUUCGCCUGAAUCCAGCACAAUCUCAAAUUUUCCUUGAACUCAAAAAUAAGAUACUUGCAGGCUAAGAAAACUAGUUUUCAUAUAUAUGUUACUGGCAUUGUAAAAAUAUUUGAUAAAUCAUGUCUCAAAUAAAUUUGUCCAUUUAAAGUUUUUCUUCCAAAAAAAUUAGUUUACCUCAUGCACAUUAUUGGAAUAGCCCAAUAGAGUUUAUAACUAAUUUAACUUACAUUACUAAUUAUUCACUGUAAAGAUUGUGAAAUGAAUUUUUUAAACUGUAUAGUUUACAUUCGUUCACUCUUUUGGGUUUAGUGACAUUCUGCUAGCAACAUUACUUAAACCAUCUGUUUGCAUUAACUUCUUUUGCAGUUUACUUGUAGCUUCUACAGUCACUGCGAGUUAGAUAUUUAUAGGGAUUCAGUAAUAUAAUUGUAAAUAAAAUUUUAAAUAUGUAGUUUUAAUGCUUUUGAUACUUAUAGUAUGUUGUCAGAUAAAUAGCUUGUUCGAACAAGUUUUAGUUUGUUUAUUAUAAACAAACAUGUAUGAUUCCAAGAAUCUUGAUGUACAUCACAUGCCAAUUUUCUUUUUUGUAACAUUGUGUUUGUCAAUUGUUUUUUUUUUUUUUUUUGUAACACUCUACAGUUUGAGUAUCUGCUGCAUUUGUAUGAUAUUUUGUAAUAUGUAUAGUUUGUGUAAUUCAUAUGUAUUUAUAUGUUUAGAAAGUUAUUUAACUUUUGUUAACAGAAUUUUGUUUUUUAAUUCUACUAAAAGCACGUAACAUUUCAAUCUAGUGCACAAAAUUCUUGGUCAGUGGAUAUACAUAUGUAUUAUGUUAUAUAGAUGUUUAUGUUGCUUGUAGCCCAUGAAAGAAUGGUUAUUGUGUGCCUCUUAAAUAGUUGAUAAUUUAAAACUGACAAAAUACCUUACAAUGUUACAAUCAAUUUGCAUUCUAUAUUAAUAUUAUAAAAUAAAUUAUAGGCAUAACAGGGUGUGACUAAAUAAGUGAUCCAAUUAAUUCUUUGUGUAUAACUUAAGUGAGGAAACUAAUUAAAAAAAUAUAUAUAUUACAAACUUUGCAUGUGAACCGUUUCUAGAAAUAUCAUUGCAGAGUUAUGGCAUUUAAAUUCAAUUUAGGAACUAAUUUUAUGGUAAUUUAAAUUCAUUUUAAUGCUUACAAAUUACAAAUAUUAAAGAACCCAAAAAGGAUUGUUUGCAUUUCAUAAAUUUGAUAAUGAGAUAUUAGGUACGUAUCAAUGUAAAUUCUGAAAAUUAUACCUUGUUAGUAAAUUUUUUAUUUUGAGACAAUAACCUAAUUUUUGUGUAAAAAACGGAAACUUUAAAUAGGAUUUUUUUGGGAAUAUAAAUGCCUUUUGUGUGGCAGUCAGACUUUCUGUGUUGAGAGAAUUUUUGUGAUAUGCUAGGGUGGCCACCAGCCUUGAAUGUCGGGAAAAGCGGGAAAUAUGCAUAAAUUUUCGUCGUCUGGAAAAAAAUACGUGGAAUUAUGCUUGAACUACGUGUUGUCACCGGGAAUUUCAUUAUCACUCUCGCAGAUGGUAUGCCUGCUAGUUUUACAGGUUAUGUCAAACCUAGACUUUUGAUAUUAGAAUUUCAUUUAAAAUUAACAGAAAAAAAUUGUUAUAGUUUUUACCGUUUGAUAAUUGGUGGCAGUUCUGCUUUAAAAAGGUUUCAUUAACUUUGAUUUAUUUUAACGACCAUGGCCAUGUUGAAAAUUGGUGGCUGAUCACCAAACAAUUGAAUACCUUUAUCGCAUUGUCAAUAUGGCAGCGUUGUUAUUUUAGAGAAAUAUUUUGAGACGUUGCUUAUGAGUCGUUAAUCUUACCUGAUAAUUCAAUUUUUUCAAUUUUAUAUUGAUCAAAUUUCGUAUUCUGCUUCCGACCAAUUUUAAUUUCACAAACUUUGGCUGGCUGAAAUAGUGUGUGAGCAUAAACAAGAGGAUUGCAUUCACUUUUUUUUUUUUACUUUACUCUACUUUUUAAUUCUUUAAUUAUGUUUUAUAUUAUUUUGUUAGAAUUUAUAGAUAUAAAAAAAUUUUAUUUAUAAAAUAUGGUACAAUAGGGUAUUUGAUUAUAGUGAAAAUAUUGAUUUAAAAGUUGUUAGCUUUGCAGUAAACAUUUUUCAAAACCAAUUUGGCCAACGCAUUAUUCAGAAAUAUAUAUGAUUAUUAUAAGAAAUCAUUAAUAAAAUAAUUAAAUUCUCAUGUUUGACCACGUGAUUGAAAACGCACGGGAUUGGCUGAAUCUGGCGUGACGUCACCUGCUUGUAAACAGUAAAUGCCAGUCGAAGUUUUGUACGGUGCAUCGGUGUUUUCUUCAAGGUUUUUUCGUCAUAUUAACUAGUAUUAUUAUCUAAUGCUGACUAAAAGUAAUAAAUUAUUGUAAUUAUUAGAAAAAAUACGAUGGAGACCAACUUCAUUAAAGCUGACAGUGGAAACCUCCCGAGAAUAGACGCAAUAAUGGUCGGACUAUUUUUUAAAAACAAUCCCGAUUUUUAUGCUGCAGAAUUAUAAAACGUGAAAGUAGCGUUGUAAGUGUUGUUAUAAAUGAUUAAAAUAUACUUUUAAAUAAUUAAGUAAAUUAGAAAAGCCUUAAAAACGUUUUAUUAUUGUAAACAUUUUAUAUAAUGUUGACAGAUUGAUUGGAUUGACCAUUCAAUAACAAAAGUAGGGUUCCCGUUAGAGCUAAUUUAAAGCGAAUAAAAAUGAAAUGAUGUAUUUCAAUGUAUAUAGAUAUAAAAUUAUUCACCAAAUUAUCGUUUUGUGAACCACAGUUAUGUCAACAUUACUUUAAUAGGUAAGAGUUCCGUAUCGCGUAUCCAAAUUGGUCUCUUGCUAUGGAUGGCAUGAUCAUGUACAUUUUUGUUACUGUGGUACAUAAUUUUUCUGUUUUAGUUCGUCGAAAGAUUCUGGACAUAAUCAAAAUUUGUGGUAAAAUAAUGACUAAUGGUCGUAAAUUGAAUGCACAAUAUAUUUUACUUUUUAUUCAAAUCAAGAUCAUAAAUCAUUGGUAGAUCACGGGUGCGCCAUCUAGUAUCGAGUAACGAAACGUUACACACGGCUGGAUUUCGUUACUCACAUUUUUCGUAUGUUUUACCGUGUUUAACGUAUGCGCGCGCAUAUUCAAUGAUUUUACGUUACUAAGAACAAUGUUUGUUUAUUAAGUAUAAUUUGGAAAUUCGUCGUCCAAGUUUUUUAUUGUUUAUAAUAUUUUUUUUUUUUUUACAAAUUAGAAAUAUGUAUGUUUUUGUUUUUUAUUAUCACGUAUUUUCACAUUUUUUUGUUCUUAUCUUAAAAGAGAUAAUAUAAUAAAACCGCUCUAAUGAGAUUUAAUUGUUACAUGGUUAACAAAAACUGUUAAUUAUCAGAUAUUAAUUGUUUAUAUUCUAUUUAUUAUUAUUUACGCGACGUCAUACUGUACGCGUACGCAAUACGACUCUAUUCGUUGCUGCAACAUAAUAUAGCAUUUUAUGCUGUAUCAGAAGUAACGAGUAACGUAACGAUACGAUAGUAACAAGUACUAAUUAUAGUAACGAAUACAUACGGGUAUGCUUUUUUUCGUUACUUUUACACCUCUACGUGAAAGCUGACAGUUUGUUUACAAGCAUGUGACGUCAUGACAUCAGGUGACCUGCAAACAUGGCGUCUCACCGUUUUGGCGGCUUUUUUAUUCAUUUAAACUUUGAUGGUGAUUUUCAUAGAAAGUAGAUAACUUCACAAAGAAUUAAUCAAAUUGCUUAGGUAUUAUGUCAUAAUGAACAAUUUUAGACAUUUACCUAAAACCUGUCAAAUACCCUAUUAGUUAGCGAAAUGGCAAUUUUUCAAAAAAAUUCUAUUCACAAAUAAAAAUAUGCAAGUAUUUUGAUGAGCACAUGAAAAUGUUAAUAGCAAGUGUUUACUUCAUUCGCAAACUCUGGAUCCAUGUUGACUAGAGCAGGAGCAUAACAAAUUUUUGCCUAUUUUUCUUGAGAGGUUCUUGCUUACCAAUAUCACCUUUAUUCUUGGCAAUUAAUAGUGUUAUGGUGAGCAACAAAAUGUAAGAUAUAGUAGCUUAAUAAUUUCAAAUAAGAUUAUGAAUCAUAAAAUAUAAAAGUGCCAGGGAAUAUCAUUUAAAUAUUUUCGGAUAUUUUAACAAGAACUAUAGCUUAUGUUUCAGUGAUAAGCCAAUAAAGGCACUUGGGAAAUUUAACCUACCAUAUGACUAUGUAUAGUAAUCAUUUUUGUUUGGGAAAGCAGUUUGGAACCUAUUGUGUUAAAGUAUAAUUUUUUUUAAGUUCUGGCAGCUCGGAAACAAUUAAAUUGUUAAUGCUGUCUUUUGUUGGCAUAUAAGUAUAGAGCAUGUGUUGUUAAUACAUAACGUUAUAUCGGCAUCUUCAAUUUGCGUAGUUUCACCAUUAAGAAAAUUCCUUGAAAAACUAAAUUUUGUUCCUUGAAAGCCUGGAAAUAAAAGAUUGGUGGCCAGCCUGUAAGUGCAAUCUCUUGAGCGUUGGCUGAGAGGUCAGUCAUACGCAACAUAUGAAUGGUGUACAAACUUUAUAAAUGAGGCCUCUAAAGCCCACGACGCGAUGCAAAAAUCUUAAGUAAUUUCUAUGGCUGCUAGCGUUAAUCAGACCGCUGGCAUUCUCUCAUAAAAGUUUUUGGUAGUUUAAUGAAUUUUUUUUUUCUGAGAAAAGUUACCUUCAAAAUAAAAAUUGUGACCAAUCAUGUGGUGGUAUCUACUAUCAAAACUGUCAGUUUUCUGUGGGUUUUCAAAAAAUAAUAUUAUGAGUGUCUUGUAUGUUCAGAGAGUGACAAUGUUGUGGAAGUGGGCUAAAAUUGUGGUGAAUGUUAAUCUUGGCAAAAUACUGAAAGUACAAACUGCCACAAAUAAAACUAUUUUAUCAUGGUGCAGUCAAUCUAACAUGAUAGUUUUUAUAAUCUACACCAUUUUUGUCGACUACUGCUUGGUAUACAACUUGAAUGUAGUCUAUUCCAUCUGACUAUACAUUAUAAUUAGUGGUUGGUCAAUUCUGAAAUUGAAACCGACCAAUUCCAUUGAUUCUAAUGGAUCAAAGGAUUCUUAAUAAAAUUGUUUUGGAUUCAAAGCUGGUCAGUUCUUUCCCUAUUAGAUUGAAAGUGUGUGGGUGUCUUAUAUUUUUAAUAAGACCAUUAGUCUGUUAGUUAAUCCAUUCAAAUAGGAUUUUUGGUCAAUAAAUAGGUAUUCGUCCAGUUAAUUUAGAUUAAACAUCGAUCAUAAUUACAUGUGUGACAUAACAUGAAGGUUUUUGAAUCCAAGUCCAUAAAUCAAGAGGCACUUUUGAGUAUUUUAUCUUGAAGAGUACGGAACUUGAUGGAAUCUGAAUUUAAGUAUCCAAUCUCAAAUAAGAAAAUCUUAGUGGGAAUUUAAAAUGGCACAUUUAAGUAUUAGUUUAUUCAGUUGAAACCUCCGAACUGACUGUCGUACAUGCUUAAGAUUCAACUCCGCCUCCCACUUUUUAGAUUAUUAUGAACAGUUGUUUUUGAAAUGGAGCUGUUUAGACAAAUUUGUAAGCAUUUGCAAUAGUACUUUACUUUUCUAACAAAAUGGAUUAAGACCCUGCCCUGGACAAACGCAGUCUGCAGAGCUACAGCAAAAAAAAAAACACUCAAUAUGAAAACUGCUCAAGAUAUCGUGAGUGGUGUCUGUUUACAAAAAGCAUUUAAGAACACGCUGAGGCAGAUGUUUAGUUUGUGCAGUUUUCAGACCGUAUUUUUUAGGAGUGAAAAUGACUGAAACUCCUAUUUUUUUGGAUUAACUUCCAGCCACAAAACGUCCCGAUGAGGUUACUGAAAGCAUUCGAGAGACUUGCAUUUUACCUUUAUCUUCAUUUCUCUGCCAUGUAACGUUACGGUCACCGCUCAAAUCUCUCAGUUGUCCUGUGCACGACGAGAAGACUACGCGCCAGACUGCGGCCUUGCAAUUAGAGGCGACACUGCGCUAGAAGCACCAGCGAGUGUUGCACUAAUCAUCCCGCCUCACUAACACAAAUACCUGUUUAGGUGAGCCUCUUAAUAAGUGACCACUAUGCAUUUAAUCAGGCAAAAAAAUUUAAAUGUAUAAAUGUAGAUAAGAUGAUAAAAUUUGCUGUAAAAGAAGAAAAUGCAAUGCUUAAAUAAAUGAAUAUCUGAAGAUAUCCUGAUUAAAAAAUAACGGCAUGAAAAUAUACUAACACAACAAAAUAACGGCAUGAAAAUACACUAACACAACUUCAGGAUUGAAAUGAGCCUUAUGGUAAAACGUUUUGUGUUUCAUUGUUCAGGGCAAUGAUAAAAAAAACACACGUCAGUGUAGGGAAUUACAGAAAUUAUUUCUAAGUUAUGCACACUUGCAAAAGUGAGUUCUGUUAAUUUAGUGACAUUCAUUUUGCUGUUGCAACUUGAAUUUUAAAAAUUGUAUAGAUAUAGAGGUCAAAAAUCUUCUAUUGGCGUUAUUUCAUAAUGAAAAUUUUGUACAUCAAGGUAUUAAUUUGUGUUUGCAGAAUGGCUUGCGAUCAACAGUUCAAUAUGCCAUUAUAUAGAAAUAAUGGUAGUACAGUGAAAUAUCAUUUUAUAUAUAUGUAAGAAGAACAAUUAAUUUCUUGCAUUCGUUCAUUUUUAAGCCCAUGUUAAACUAAGCCCAAGUUAAGCUAACGUAAGUAUGCUUGUUUUUAAUUUGAUCAUACUUACCUAUGUGAAUUGGUUAGUGAAAGUCACUAUUGCAAUGAUUAUUCAGUGUGUAUGUGAAAGUCUUUGUGAUCAGAUGGUAGGGUUUGUUUGUUAUACAUCACAUUUAUUUAUAUACUUGCCAUUGUACAAUUUUUUUUAAACGUAGGUGCAAAUUCAUGUUCUUGCCUCUUUUUUUUUUUAAAGAAAAACUAACUUAUGUGUUACUUGUAACAUUUAUGGUGCUGCAUGGCUUAAUGCAUAUAUUUAUGUAAUAUAUUUUAAAUAUGUAAUAAAAAAAUUUACCCACUGA